UUUUCAUAAAUUGCAGUUUCCAUGAACAUUCCCUUCCCUAUCAAAUCCAACCCAACACACCAAACUCCGGUUUCUUUGAUACUUCCCUCUUCAAACUUUCCCACAAUUUAAGACCUCCCUCCUCAUCACCAAUAUUCUCCAUUAACAAAAACCCUCAAACCCUCCUCUCUCUCUCUCUCUCUCUCUCUCUCUCUGUGUUCUAAUGGGUUCCUCUGCAAAGAAACCAAACUUCAUGACCCAUGGAUCACCCAUACAGGAGGGCGAACAUGAAGGAGAAUAUUUUAAUCACUAUGAAGAGCCUGAAUCCUCAACUGGGUGCGGUUGCUUUAGGCUUUUCGGGUUCGGAUUGAGCCGGAGCAAUGAAAGUGGACAUUUAUUGCAGGAAGGAGGAAGAUGCAGUGGAAUGACAUGGUGGUCCAAGAACAUGAGUAGGAUUAAGGUGACUUCUGAAGUAUUGGCAGGGCCUAAAUGGAAGAACUUUAUUAGAAAGAUUGGUGGGUAUUGGAAGGGCAAGAAGGAGAGGAAUCGGUUUCAAUAUGAUCCUCAUAGUUAUGCUCUCAAUUUCGAUGGUGGUAAUGGUAGAGAAGAAGAAGAAAAUUUGCUUCUUGGGUUCUCUGCAAGGUUUGCUGCUCCUUCUGUUGGUGAAAAUAGGCACACCGGUUCUUUAUAGUGAUGAUGGCGAUCUUUUAACUAGAAACCUUUUAUUUGCUGGUACAAUUUAUUUUCUUAAAUUUUGUUCAUACUCUCUCUGGAAUCCAUUAUAAAUAUAAACCACAUUGCUUUC